AUGGGAGACGGGUUCACCACCCUUCAGCCAAUCUCUUUCCAGCAGCAACUCACACAGCAGUUUCAGAAUCAUAUGGGCCACAGUCCUUUCAUGUGUACAGCAAGUCCGAUGUCUCCCUACCCUCCGUCCAGCCUACUGUCCCAAGCCAUGGUUGUCACUGACAGCAGCAGCCUUGGAACACUGACCAGUCUAAGCACAGUCAGACAGAUUCUGACAACAGACCCCGAGGAGGAGACAGAACCCAUCCAGGAUGACUCUCUACACCUGCAAUCCCCCUCACCUGUGCCAGUUUCCUCUGGGAACUUAAGAGUUUUAUCCUCCCUGAAACUCAUCCACCUCACCUCCUCUCAUCUUCGCCGGCAGACAUCAACUCCUACAUUCCUGAACAUAUGGUCUCUACUGCACAGUGGCAACAGAAUGUAACUACUAUGUAAUGUGAAGGGCUGGGGUUAGAGGUGUUUUACAGUAGGUAGAGAACUGGAAUGAAGACGCAACACAAAUUCACGAAAUUUGCAGAAAAACUCUCUGCAGUAACAUUUUCAAGAGAAGCCAUAUUUCCCAUUCUGCCAGAUACAGGCAGUACCAGUGAAAAUGUAGACACACCUACUCAUUCAUGGGUUUUUCUUUAUUUUCUACAUUGUAGAAUAGUGAAGAGAUCAAAACUAUGA